GAUCCAGAGUUGAAUAGCGGAUACGCAUACGUGGUUCUUGCGUGUGCUGUAUUUCUUAACUUCUGCUCCUGGGGUAACAACUCCGGGUUUGCUAUUUACUUUGCAUACUACUCCACCAACAAUGUUUUCCCAAAUGCCAGCAAGUUGGACUAUGCUGCAAUUGGAGGAAUUUGUUUCGGAUCCGCGAUUUUGUUUGGUCCUGUGAUUAACCACAUCAACGGCUUGAUAGGUACUAAGAGGACUCUCAUGAUCGGUAAUAUAUGCCAGUUCAUUGCCUUACUUCUUAGCAGUUUUGACUCUACCAACAGACUCUGGCAAUUGUACUUGACCCAGGGACUCUUGCAAUCGUUCGGAUUGGCUUUCAUUGGCUUGCCCACUUUCACUGUAUUGCCACUCUGGUUCACCAACAAACCAAUGCAGAAGAACUAUAGAAUCAAAGACAGAAUGCUUACACUUUCACAGGGUAUAGCUACCGCCGGAACCGGCCUAGGAGGUCUAGUAUUCAACUUGGCAAUGCAGAAAGUUCUUGAAAAGCACGGCUACAGGUGGGCAUUGAGAGUCGAAUCUUUCAUAUCCAUCUUCACCUGUACCAUAGCCAUCUUGAUGUUGAAGGAAAAGAAAACAUCGAAGAUGGUCGAAUUCACGUUCUUUGACAAGGACAUUUUCUUUCUGCCUGGAUUCAGACUCCUUGUGGGUUACAUAUUCUUCUCCAUGCUUGGAUAUGUUGUUACAUUGUACAGCAUCGCCAAUUGGACAAUAGCCUUGGGCUACAGUGCCAAACAAGGCUCAAUAGUUGCAGCCAUGACUUCUGUGGGAAUUAUCUUCGGAAGGCCCACAAUUGGGCUACUUUGCGAUAAGUUCGGAGCCGUAACAGUCUCAUGUGUAGUUUAUAUUGUCAUGGCUAUCUUUACGUUUGCUAUGUGGAUUCCAUCGAGAAACUACGCUGAAGCAAUAGCUUUCGCAAUCAUUAAUGGGCUCUUGUCCGGUACCAUUUUUGUGACAGUUGCAACCGUCGUCGUACAGACGAUCGGACACCGGUUCAACAAGCUCAAUGUGACCUUCUGUAUGGCCUUCAUAGCAUUUGGUGUUUCUGGUAUCUUGUCGCCCAUCAUUGGAAUUUCCCUUAGAAAACCGACCUUGUCUCCUUCUCAGUUCCAGAACUGUUGCAUAUUCAUUGGCUGCGCGUACUUGGUUGCAGCCGCAGUUUUAGCUACAAUGAGAGGCUACAUG